ACGUCACUGGCACGCGCCUCUUCUGCAUCAAGGGAAAUAUGGCUGUGGCCCGGCCAACGCGGCUGUUGUCACUAGCAGUUCGGUUGCUUCUGGAGCCCCGACGGAACAUUGCGGUGCGCGGUUCCGACGAGUCCUUACCGGUGGUGCGCAUUCCGCGGGCUCUGCAGCGACGGCAGGAGCAGCGACAGAGCGGUCGUGGUGGGAGCUUCCCACGGCCGGUCCUAAUACGACCUGGUCCUCUGCUGGUCUCAGCGCGGCGGCCAGAGUUGAACCAGCCGGCGCGCCUCACGCUGGGCCGUUGGGAGUGCGCGCCACUGGCAUCGGGUGGCUGGAAGCAUAGGCGAUCGCUUCGGGACCAUUUUUCCAUAGAGCGAGUGCAGCAGGAGGCGCCCUCCCUGAGCAACCUCUCGUCCCGGGGCAGCUUCGUGGACCUAGGUCUGGAGCCCCAAGUGCUGCUCGCGCUUCAGGAGGCUGCACCCGAAGUUGUUCGGCCAACCUCAGUGCAGUCGAGAACCAUCCCCCCGCUGCUCCGCGGCCGCCACAUCCUUUGCGCUGCGGAAACCGGUAGUGGCAAGACGCUCAGCUACCUACUGCCCCUAUUUCAACGGCUCCUGAAAAGUCCGGACCUGAACUCCCGGCGUUCCGUGGCUCCCCGGGGCUUGGUUCUGGUACCUUCCCGAGAACUAGCCGAACAGGUGCAGAAGGUGGCCCAGUCAUUGGGUAGGUACUUGGGCCUGCAGGUGAUACAGCUUGGCGGAGGCCUUGGCAUGAGUAGCCUCAAACUGCAGCUGCGUAGACGACCGUCCGCAGAUGUACUAGUGGCCACUCCAGGGGCGCUGUGGAAGGCUCUGAAAAGCCAACUGAUCCGCUUAGCUCAGCUUUCCUUCCUAGUGUUGGAUGAAGCAGACACACUGCUGGAUGAAAGCUUCCUGGAACUGGUGGACUACAUCUUAGAUAAGAGCCCUAUAGCAGAAAGUCCCGCUGAGUUAGAAGACCCCUUUAAUCCCAGAGCUCAGUUAGUGAUGGUGGGAGCCACGUUUCCAGAAGGCUUAAACCAAUUGCUGAGUAAAGUCACCAGCCCAGACUCUCUCACCACCAUCACCAGCUCCAAGCUACACUGCAUCAUGCCUCAUGUCAGACAGACAUUUAUGAGACUAAAGGGAGCAGAGAAGGUGACAGAGCUGGUUCAGAUCCUCAAACAGCACGACAGAGCAAAUAAGACGGAACCCUCAGGAGAUGUCCUGGUGUUCUGCAACAGCUCCAGCACUGUGAACUGGCUGGGAUAUAUUCUGGAUGACCACAGAAUCCAGCAUCUAAGGCUGCAAGGGCAAAUGCCAGCCGCAAUGAGGACAGGAAUCUUCCAGAGUUUCCAGAAGGGCUCCCAAAAAAUACUGGUUUGCACAGACAUAGCCUCACGAGGCCUAGACAGCAUCCACGUGGAACUGGUCAUCAAUUACGAUUUCCCCCCUACUCUGCAGGAUUACAUCCACAGAGCAGGAAGGGUGGGUCGUGUGGGCAGCGAAGUGCCAGGGGCCGUUAUCAGUUUCGUGACCCAUCCCUGGGAUGUGAGCCUGGUUCAGAAAAUUGAACUGGCAGCUCGUCGAAGGAGAAGCCUUCCAGGACUAACAUCUUCAGUGAGAGACCCUUUACCUCAGCAAGCCUGAUUUUUGGCUGCCUUAAAUCUAACGCUAGAGCAGGGAUCUUCCUGGGGCCCGGGAAGGUUGUCAGUGUGUGACGCUGGGUCACACCGCCCCUUGCCUCUCUGAGAACAUGAACCAUGUGGAGAUUUGAAAAGUAAGCUACUGGCUAGGAAUAAAGAGUAACAUAUUCAAAAAAAUAAAGU